AUUUAUAUUGUAGAGAAAUAAAAUCGACGAACAAAUUAGAACUUUCGACUACAACACACGUAUUUUGGUCAGUAUGUGUUUUAUUAUAGUAAGCCUAUUUAUUAGUACUCUUUUUCUGCACGUCUUUGGCCGCGAUCCUGCGUUGAGGAUUGUAGGCGGGACCGACGUUGGUGAAAACGAACUCCCGUACGUCGCGAGGAUGCUGCUCCGAAAAUCUCAGUACAAUUCGACAGGAAUCUUUGAACAAGAAGAACACGUCUGCACAUGUGCCAUUUUGAAGCCAACCUGGACACUAACGGCCGCUCAUUGUUUUGUCGUGCUAGGCUUAAAUAUAACAGGUAAUUUCACAAAUGAGGAGGGAUAUUUAGUCAAAUACAAAUAUCAAAUACGAUACCGCCCUUUUCAAAUCAAAUCUAAUCGUGACAGUGAACGUGACAUGACGAGCAACAUUGUAGAAUGGAUACAACACCCUGCGAGUAAUUUUAGGCUAAGGAUAAGGCCAAUACUUGUGUCCAACGAUAUAGGAUUGAUGAAAACUGAAGAAAUACGUCUGCCACAAUAUGGCCGUAUUAGUGCAAUGGAUUACAGAAGCUUGGUGGGAUUGGAAGUGACUGCGACUGGUUACGGGCUGACGAACGCAGGGGGAGUGUUCGGGGACGCCCCCUCUUUGGGAAAACCUUUACAAAAGCUAGGCGUUAUUGUGAUUCAAUGCAGUCCAAGACACACAUAUGUGCGUCCCGGGGUGUGUAUAGCGCGGCGCUGUGGGAAGUUCUCCGUGAUCUGUCCAGGAGACUCGGGCGGUCCUCUCGUGCACUCCUCGGGCAUCAUAGGUGUGAACAGCGCUGGACCCAUCGUAUGCCAGCUGGAGUCAUUUGGUAACCGGUUUUUAUUAGAUAUGUUCAUUCAAAUACCUACCAGCCCUUAUAUUGAUUGGAUAAGCGAUGUAAUUAAUAAAGAUACAUAACAAAUGA